CCUGGAUCUCUCCUGUCUGGCACAGAUGACGGCAAUUUAGCAGCCAAGGCGCUGGCAUGCCAGCAGGCCGAGCACACUUUUGCUGGCAUGCCCUGCGGGAUCAUGGACCAGUUCAUAUCCGUGAUGGGCAAGGAAGGCCACGCGCUGCUCAUCGACUGCAGGUCCCUGGAGACCGUCCUCGUACCACUGACCGAUGCCAGCUUGGCCGUCCUCAUCACCAACUCCAACGUGCGGCACACGCUGACGGGAAGCGAAUACCCCAGCCGCCGGCGUCAGUGCGAGGAGGCUGCUGCGGCUCUGGGCCAGGCCAGCCUGCGGGACGCCCCCGUUGCCGGGCUCGAAGGAGCCCAAACGGGGCAGCCGGAGCAAUACCCUGCCCGGCCUCGGGACAGGGCUGACUGGAGGUCUCGUCCCUCCAGGGAUGACUACGAAGUCAGCUGCCCAGAGCUGGAUGAGCUGGUAGCGGCAGGCCUGGAGGGCGACGGGGGUUACGGCGCGGUGACGGGGGGAGGCUUCGGCGGCUGCACCGUGACUCUGCUGGAGGCCGGGGCUGCAGAGAGGGCCCAGCAGCACAUCAAGGCGAAAUACAGCGGCACAGCAACCUUCUACAUCACCAAACCUUCUGGCGGGGCGAAGGUGCAGCCCCUCUAGAGAAGCACCUACCUUUUCUGGGCCGGGAUCAUCUCUGAGGACAUCAGUGGCAGCUGCUUUCCUCAGUCUGCAGGGGAAUCAAUUUGUGACCGCAUCGUCUGUCUAAUAAAAAUUAAACAUUUGCACAGCAGUUCUGCCUCCU